UCUCUCUCUCUCUCUCUCUCUCUCUCUCUCUGAGGAAGUGGGCGUCUCUGACACAUUCAGCUCUUCAUGUUAAACAUGUAACCAGGAAAGAAACACUCAAAACUCAUCUGAACACACGCCGAGAGCUUCAGAAGAACUGAAUCUACUAACAACUGAGAAGAUCAUUUAAUAAGAGAAGAAUGAAGAUCAUCUGGACUUUCACUCUGAUGAUGAUUCCUGGUGUCUUGAGCUCCAUGAGUGUGAUCGGAUAUUCAGGAGGAGGAGUCAACAUCACAUGCAAAUAUAAUAAAGCAUAUACAGAGAAUAAAAAGUAUUUUUGUAGAGGAAAGAUGCCAAAAAACCCAAAGUCUAAAUGGUGUUCUGACCUCAUCCGGACUAAUGAAACAGAUAAAUGGUUUUAUAAUGGAAGAUUCUCUCUGUAUGACGACACAAGUUCAGCAGUCUUCACUGUGACCCUCAGAAAUCUGACAGAAGAGGAUUCUGGGACGUACCAGUGUGGAGUUGAUUUAACUAAAGGAAAAGAUUUCUACACUGAAGUGAAUCUGAAGGUUUUAACAGAGACAAACCCUCACAGAACAACAUCAUCAUAUACAGCUCCAGCGAUCACAUCUGCGUCUCCUGCGACAGGCUCUCCUCUGACGGUCAGUGUGUGUGUGUUUCUGCUUCUGAUCAUCGCUGGACUCGUGUUGGGGACCGUGACUCUCUGCAGGAGGCGUCGCUCUCACAGUAAAACUCAAUCCUCCAUCUUUACUCUCUUUAAAGGCUCGUCAUCCAAAAGAUCUCAAGUCACACCAGGAAACAAUGAAGAGGUUUCCUGCGCUGGUUGUGAUUACAAGGAGAGUAAAGAAUUACCCACAAGCCCCUCUCAUUUCUAUCUGAAAGCCACUGGUGACUCUCAGGAUUACAGUGAAUACACUACUGUCUAUUAUGUCAUGACAGCAGAUGAACUGAUGCAUUCACACUGUAAAAAAAAUCCUAAUUUCACAGAAAAUUACUGAGAUUUUUGACGAUCAUUUUCUUUAAUUUUAAAUUGUACUCAAAACACUGUAAAAUUACAAAUAAUAUCUACAAAAUAAAAAU